ACACGGGGAGAACAUGCAAACUCCACACAGAAAGGCCGGGGCUGGUAGUGGAGAUAUAUUGAAUUAAUUUACUUUAAUUUCAGAGGGAACUAUUGUACAUUAGCUUUUAAUGAGCAUAUACAAUCCAAGACAAGUCCAUUAAUUAGCUUAUAUUAGCUACACUAGCAACAACAUAGAAAUGUAGCCUCCAUGUUCUGGUAACAAUAAUAUAAAGAGCCGUUCUGGUGCAUGUGUACUUGAUACACAACUACAUUUUGCAACCCUUUCAUGCAUGGAUUAGUAAAUCACAAAGUAAUAUUUUUUGUGUUUAUUUUUACUUUUAAACAAGUGAAAAAAAUAUACCUAUAAACUUUUUUCCCCCAAUAAAUUUUAUUUUGAAAUGUGUCCACUGCAGUGGACACCAUGCAUCUAAGGCAUCAAAAGUGAUUCAGUGGAAUUCAAUAUAGGUCCAAAAAACUGUAACAUUUCCUAAAAGCAAGUGGUAUAAAUACACAUAAAGUUAUUCAAGUGCAAAUGAUAUUAUGAUUUCAAAUGAAACAUACAAAAUAAGGCUGAAUCUACAUAGACAGAAUAUACCCUUGGGCAGAUAACAUCCACUGAAGUGGAGGGAUGUAUUUUCAGUCACAGAACAAAAUGUAUGAAUAAAAGGAAUUUACAGUUAUUGGUAAGAUACUUGGUGCAUCACCACUUCCCUUUCCUAUUAUGACGCAGAUCAAAAUGACAUGAUGAUGAGAUGUAAAAUAUAAUAAUCAAAUGGAAUGUUUUAGGGGUCCGCCACAUGGUGGUUGUGACAUGGUAUUAUAACUUAAAUGCUCAAAAUAGCUGUCCACUGGGGUGGACAUCAUUUACAUUUAGCUGAUGCUUUUAUCCAAAGCAACUUACAAUUGCUAUAGAUGUCAGAUGUCACACACCUCUGGAGCAACUAAGGGUUAAGUGUCUUGCUCAGGGACACAUUGGUGGAUGGGUCACAGUGGGGAAUUGAACCCGAGUCUCUCACACCAAAGGCAUACAGCUUAUCCAUGCACCAUCACCACCCAUGCAUGAAAGGAUUAAGAAGUUUUACAUUCAUGUACGUAAGUGAACAUCUGAAUGCACAACUUUGUUUUUACAUUGGGGUAUUCCUCUUUUUCACUGAAGUAAAGGAUCUGGAUACUUCUUCCACCACUGAGUCUAACAGAAAGGGAAAUAUAAGAAUAUAAAGAGACUGGGAUGAGUUCAGGGGUUUGGGUUGCUCUUUGAUUUCUGUGGUCUGUGUCAUCUGAUGUCAUGCAGUCUGUAAUCCAAUCAGGGAGGGAGAGAGUGUAAUCCAUGUUAAUCCCACAUCCAGAGAGAGAGAGAGAGAGAAACCCAGGACAGGGUGGGUCAUUAAGACAGGCAGACACAGUAAGGACAGCAGCCAUCUCUGAAUACAGCUUUAUUGGUAAAGCUGCAGAAUGUGUCUGAGUUCUGUUCUGAGUGUGAAUGCCUCUUCUCGUGUAAUUAUAUCUGUCUCUCUAAUCUGGUCUGAUACCGUCUGACAGCUGCCUUCCUGUGUCCUGGACCCUCGUUGUCAGGGAUACAUCUCCACAGAGACGCACUCCCAAAGGUAGGGGAGGGCUUUAAUGGAAAGGAGACCCUCACUCUGAUGGAGCAACAAGCUGAGAGAGUGAGAGAGGAUGAAGAAGGAAAGACCAUAGUAGCGGAGAGAUAAGAAGGAAGGUCAGCUGUGGGGGAAGAAGAGGAGUGGAAAUCAACAGAAGGAAGAAAGAAGGAAGAGCUGGAUGAAGUGAAAGUUAUUUUGUGAGGAUGGGCUAUGACCUGGAGAGGUUUGUUGGCUAUGUGAAUGAGGGUCUUCUGUGCUGCGUGUGUCGAGACGUGUUGGAGCGCCCCCUCCAGGCGCCCUGUGAACAUGCAUACUGCAGCACCUGCAUCAGCAGCUGGCUGCUCCAUCACCACUCCUGUCCCGAGGACAGACUGCCACUGGAUGUGGGAAGCCUUAAACCACUGUACAGGUACAUGCGUAAUGACCUGACCCGUCUGCAGAUACGUUGUGUGAAUGCAGGGCAGGGCUGUGAGGUGGUCUGCUCUCUGGAGAGCCUGCACACACAUGAGGAUGAGUGCGAGUUUGCCUUUAUAUCCUGCUCAAACCCAGGUUGUCCUGUGCAGAUAGAGAGGCGAGGGUUGGAGGCUCACCUGUCUGAAUGUAACUUCCGCAGCAGAGAGUGUCCCAACGGUUGCGGUCUUACCCUUCUCUCCAUUGACCAAUCGCAGCAUAACUGUGUAGCAGAGCUGCGCACCGAAUUGGAGAUGCUCAGGGCAGAUAUGCUGUGCAAGGUGGAGGAGGUGAGGCGAGAGAUGGAGUCUCGGUUGGACUCACAGAGGAGACACAUGGUGCAGAAAGAGUCGCAGCUGAAGAACGAGGUGGAGGAGCUCAAGGGUCAGUUGUCCCUUGUGAUGUGUGACAUGCGAGCCCUGUUAGGAGCAGAGCGUCUGAGAAGACAGGAGCUGGCAGAGGCGGAGCUGGAGAAGAGGGAACUGUUGGAGCUCCUCAGAGACCUGCAGCCAACCAGGAGUCCACAUCCUGUCGAACAGGCAUCCAGGGACGAGCAUCAAGGGGGCCAGCAGACAUCUGGUUGGGAGUUACACACGGAGCUGACGCGACACCAGCAGAGGGAGGCGUCUUUACAUGCCUCCAGUCUAUCACUGCAUUCAGCCCCGGCCAUAAAUAUAUUGGGUCCACCUCCUUCACCUCAGCUGGGAGAGGGGGUGCGCAAGGGCGGUACCAGGAGCCUGACUCUAGACUGCAUCAAGAGGAAGAGCAGGGAGGUGACUGUCAUCUGAGUAGACUGGAUUGUUUGGAGAUUAGCCAAAACCAGAAAAGAUUUAAUCUUUUUUUUAUAUAUAUAUUUGGCAAAGUGACAACAAGAGUUUAGUAAUUCAAGUUAUUUGGAUCAAAUCAAAGUGUAAAUUCAGUCUGCUGUGGAAUGAACCAUGUUGUGUUUGAAAGGUACUUUUUGUGUAAUUCUACAAACUUAACCCUUUCAUGCAUGAAUUAUGACAGCCUCUGUCAGGAUUUUUUUCCUAUGUGUUUUUAUGGCUCUUUAGGCAUGAAAAAUAAAAUUAGAAUUUCCUUUUUUUUUAAACACACAUUUUUCAAGUUUUGUACAUGUCCAGUAAGGUGGACAGCAUGCACAUAAGGUUUUAACUGAAGAUAUAUUUAUUUAACAAACCAAUAAAUUAAAUGAUAUAUUAUGUAAAAAAUAUAAUUUUAAUGCUGUUAAACUAAUGUGGUCACAUAUUUUAACAUAUUCUAAUACUGUUUAAUGCAAUGCAAAUACGUUGAACCUCACUUUUAACUCCAUCACUGCCACUAGUAUUAUCCUUACUUGAUUCUGAUGGAAUUGGCUCCACUGUCCUGAAUUCUUUUCUAUCACUAAAUGUUACUCACAUAAUGGAACUAAUCUGCAGAAAAUAUUGUUUUUCUUACAAAAACUCCAAGUGUAGCAUAAAUCCAUUGAUUUACAUCCAAAAAGUUAGUGCACAUGAAGUAUUUUCAAGAAAAACAAAGUCUCAGUAAUAGUUAUUUGUAGUUGAAAUAUAACGUUAGCCAGUGAUGCACAAUGUCCAAUUUAGUGGACAGAUGAUUAAUCGUAAUUUCACAAUCAUAACACAAAAUCAAUACUUGGAAAGUUUAAGAAUUGUAUUACUCCUUAGUUGUUAGUAGAUGUUACCAUAUUUUAUUUACCGGGAGGGGUCUCUUGUAAUUGGAGGAAUUGCAAGAUUUACCUGAGCUGCUCCGUUUUCCCGACUGUCUGUCGGCCAUCUCGGUUUUGACGAAUUUAAGUUGCACUUACAACGGCUAUCCAGAUGGUGGCAGUGUAUGGCAUGACACACUAGCGUCCACUGUAGGGGCUGAUGUGCAACUACACUAUCAGAACCUCUGCCCAUUCAAGUAAAUGGAUUUUGAAUAGCUGUCCACUGCAGUGACCACUAUGCAUGAAAGGGUUAAUUGAUCUUUCGACAGUAGGCUUGUGUGAAACAGAAUUGACAUUCAUUUAUAUUGUAGGCUCACCCAUGAUCAUUUCUGUAAACAUUAUCAUAGUGUAAUGUCUCUUGGAUUUUGUAAUAAUAAGAUUUAAAAUAAAGAGUCACUUUAAGUAA